AUGCCGCUCAACGACUGGCCGUGCUGCGUUCUCGACAAGCUUGGUCAGCCUUCGGGAGCAUGGCGCCCCUGGCACAAGAGGCAAAUCGCAGACGGGCGGUUGGAGACACGCUUGCAAUCGAACGCGAAUGCAAUUCGCGCAUUCGAACACUAA